AUGGCUUCAAUGACAGACACCGAGCCAGCGCCGUCAAUCAAUCCUGGUGAUCACAAGGCGUAUCUCCAGUACGCUCUGUCUCUAGCGGCCCGAUCGCCUCCGAAAUCGACAAACUACAGUGUAGGCGCGGUUCUCGUCAACCCCAAUACCAACGCCAUCGUCUCCACCGGCUACACGCUGGAACUCGAAGGCAACACACAUGCCGAGCAGUGCUGCUUCAUGAAGUUUGCGGCCGCCCACAGUGUGACGGAAGAGGAGCUCGCCACGGCCGUCCAGUCACCACCCUUGAUCCUAUACGCGACGAUGGAACCUUGCUCGGAGCGGCUCAGUGGCAACCUGCCCUGCGUGAAACGCAUUCUCCGCCUGAAGCACCUCAUCACGGCCGUCUACGUCGGCGUGCAGGAGCCAGAGAAAUUCGUCAGUGACAACACUGGCCGAGGCGCUCUCCAAGCCGCAGGCAUUGAGUUCGUUCACAUUGGAGGGCUCGAGAAGGAUAUUCUAGCCAUCGCCACGGCAGGACAUUUGAUCAAGUAG